AUGCCCAGCGAGCCGCACGUUGGCUCGGGCGGCUUGACGCCGGGGGCGCCCGAUGUGCCACCGCCGGGCGGCUUCAAGCCGGUACGAUACUCGCGGAACCUGCCCAAGGGAGGGCCGUCGUCGCUGGUGAUCGCACUCGGCUCCGCCGCCCUCUUCACAUUCGGCAUGUACAAGGUCAUAUCCGCCAACCGGCUGCGCCGGUCAUGGUUUCGCGAGGAGAAGGACAUACGGCUAGCGAUCCUGCCCUUUCUGACGGCGGAGUCCGACUUGCAGCAACAGCACAUCAAGAGCACGCUCACCCAGAAGGAGGCGGAGCUCAUGGCGAGCGUCCCUGGCUGGGAGGCGGGUGCGAGCGUCUACCACUCGCGGUACAUGAAGCCGAUGGAGAAGAUUGGCGUUCCGCAGUCCCAGAAGAGCAUCUUCGGCGCCACCUCGUGA